AAUUUGGAAAUACUAAUAUUUUUGUCAAAAAAUAUUUUGAUAAAAUGCAGAGGGCAAUUUUUCGUCAUGGCAGCGCUCUGUUGGGAAGAGUUUUACCGUGAGAAUCCUGAACCCAAACAUAUAUCCUUCGUCAAAAGUCAAAUCACCGAGUUUUGUGAAAAAUAUAGAAGAGAACAAAUACCCGUAGUUCUUGUUACGUCUGGUGGAACAACUGUGCCCUUGGAACACAAUACUGUAAGAUAUAUUGACAACUUCAGUGCUGGCACCAGAGGAGCUGCUUCUACUGAAUAUUUUUUAACUCAUGGCUAUGCAGUAAUAUUUUUACAUCGUAGCAAGAGCCUUGAACCUUUCACUCGACAUUUUCCCUCAUCCUCCCUUCUUGAGGUACUCCAUAUUGCUCAUGAUCAUCAUGGAAAGGAUUGCAUUGCUGUGGCUUCAGAUAAAGUCAAGGAUCUACUUCCGGUAUUACAAGCUUAUCAAACAACAAGAAGUUCUGGCAAACUUUUGAUUCUAUCUUUCACUACCUUAUCUGAGUAUCUGCAUAUGCUACGUGUUGCAGCCGAAGCACUCCAACCGCUAGGACGUAAAGCACUGCUGUAUCUUGCUGCAGCAGUCUCAGACUUUUACGUUCCACACGAAAAUAUGGCUGUCCAUAAAAUCCAUUCAUCAGAGGGGCCACUUAACCUCCAACUUCAGUUAGUCCCAAAACUUUUGCAGCCUCUUGUUCGUUUCUGGGUUCCUGAUGCUUUCGUAACCUCUUUUAAGUUGGAGACUGAUGAAGGUAUUCUGUUAGAAAAAGCUUAUCAGGCACUGCAAAAAUAUGGGCACAAGUUGGUAAUAGCAAAUCAGCUUCACAACAGGAAGCAAAAAGUUGUUCUGGUUUCUCAGGAAAAACAGGUUCCUAUUGUAAUGACUGAAGAAGAGAUGAGGCAGGGAAAGGAAAUUGAAGAAAAAAUUGUAUUAGAGUUGACAUCAUUACAUACUAAGUUUCUGCAUGAAAUAGCAUAAACUAAUAACUGAUUUAGAUUCACUCCAGGAAUAGGAAAAUAAAAACUGCUAUUCAAGUAUCAUAUAAACAUUUAUCCAAAAAUGGAAAUAUUGUUAAUCAAGUAUCAUGUAAACAUUUAUCCAAAAAUGGAAAUAUUGUUAAUCAAGUAUCAUGUAAACAUUUAUCCAAAAGUGGAAAUAUUGUUAAUCAAGUAUCAUGUAAACAUUUAUCCAAAAUAGAAAUAUUGAUUUUGUAUGUACACAUUGAAAUGUUAAUGUGUGUGUGUAUAUAUAUAUAUAUAUAUAAUAAUUUAAACAACUAGACCAAAAUCACCUUCAUAAGGACUACACAACCACUACAUUAAUUUUAACAUCUACAUAAAUGAGAGUGUAACACAGCAUCAUCUCUUUAACUUGGAUGAUAUUUCAAAAAACCUUUAUCAGUUAGGCCUAUAACAAAAA